GUUACACUGGCUUCCUUGAGCUGGGCUUGGGUGUGGUGUUUUGUUUGAGUAAUUGUUUUUGCAGAUAGAUCUUUUUAGUUAAUACACUUAUUAAUAUUCUUAUAUCCCGAAUAUGGCUAGCAGCCUCGUUUUUGUGGCUCUAGUCGGCGCCUUAUGUUUUACGCUCGCUAACGCACAACAUCACUACGAUGAGCACAAGACCACACGGAUGGUGUGGUGCACCAAGAGCCAGGCGGAGCAGUACAAAUGCCAGAACCUUACGGUGGCCAUCGAGCGGGAUCGGGCACUAUUCGACGAGGUGUUCCUCAAUCUCACCUGCUUCAUGGCCUACAGUGCGGAUGAGUGCAUCCAUCACAUUGAUCGCGAGAAGGCACACAUCACCACGCUGGAUGCGGGCGAUGUCUUCACUGCUGGACGGUACAACUCCCUCAUACCCAUUAUGCAGGAGAAACUGGAGGGCGGCUUUGCGGACUAUCAAUCCGUAGCCGUGAUCAAGAAGGGAUCUCUACCAGACUUGAACAAUCUGCGCGACAUGCGCAACAAGAGGGUGUGCUUCCCCUGGGUGGGCAGCUUGGCCGGUUGGAUUGUGCCCAUUCACACGCUCCAAAGGGAGGGCGGCAUGGAAGUGGUGGACUGCAACAACCAGGUGAAGACGGCCGCCAGCUAUUUCAAUAAUUCGUGUGCUGUGUACUCGCUUUCCGACAAACACAAUCCAAUUGGCGACAACUCCGAUAAACUUUGUACGCUUUGCACUGGAAAGAUACCCGGAGGACGCUGCUCAUCUGCAGAUCCCUACUUCGGCUACGAAGGCGCCUUCAAAUGUCUGCUUGAAAAAGGAGAUGUUGCCUUCUUGCGCCAUUCGACUGUGAAUGAAAUGCUGCAAACCACCGAAUUCAAGAACAUAGCACCCGACACUUUUGAGCUGCUGUGUCGUGAUGGUCGUCGUGCCUCCAUCAACGAUUAUCGCCAGUGUAAUUGGGGCCAAGUGCCCGCCGAUGCCAUUGUCACAUCUUCGGCUCGCAGCUUCAGCGAUCGCAAGCAGUAUCAGCAGUUUUUGAAGCGCAUUGCCGAGCUGUACUCCGAUGGCACACGUGAUGAUCAGAGCAGGCAGGGAGGACAAAGCUUCAACAGCCGCAACAACAUCAACGAUCAGAAUGCCUAUGGCCAGUUCGAUAAUAAUGAUCCGUACAGAACGCAGAAUCAAUACGAUCAGUAUCGCAGCGAACGAUUGGACAGCAGUUUUGCAGAGGAAAGAAACCAGCAGGACGGCACGAACACUUCCAUACUCUAUGAGAAGUUCCGCAUCUUCGAGUCGAAGCGCUAUGGCAAGCCAAAUUUGCUGUUCCAGGAUUCUAGUCGCGCUCUAACCGUGAUUCCCGAAGAUGAUCAGUCAUUUACCAAGUACCUAGGCCCUGCCAUUAACUUUAUCUACGGCAUCCGUGAGUGUCCAGUUCCAGCGAUGACGCUUUGCGUGACUUCGGAGAAUGAGCUUGAUAAAUGCAUCAAGAUGAGGACUGCCUUGAAAGCUCACCUCCUGAAACCAGAACUCAUCUGCAAGAAAAUGCACUCCCACAUCAACUGCAUGCAGUUCAUCGAAGCGGGCAAAGCAGACAUCUCCGUUUUCGAUGCCGGCGAUGUCUACACUGGUGGCCUCAACUACGACCUGGUGCCCUUCAUGUCGGAGGUGUACAAUCUGGGCGAGCCCGAGUAUUAUGUGGUUGCCGUGGCCAAGGAGGAUGAUCCCGAUACGGAGCUAACUUACCUGAAGGGUAAGAAUACCUGCCAUACGGGCAUUAACACCGCCGCUGGCUGGACAUAUCCGAUGGCGCUUUUCAUCUCGAACGGCUGGAUUCGUCCCUACGGAUGCGAUUCGGUUCGAGCUGCCGCGGAGUACUUCACCAAGUCGUGCGUGCCGGGUGCCAUUAGCAAUGAGUACAACACCGGUGUGCCCUACGACAGCAUGUGCGAUCUGUGUCAUGGAACUAGCUAUCGCUAUUGUCGUCGCGAUGCCUCCGAGGAAUACUACGGGCACACGGGUGCAUUCCGUUGCCUCGUCGAGGGCGGCGGUCACGUGGCCUUCAUGAAGCACACCACGGUGAUGGAAAGCACGGGCGGCAAACGCAAGGAAUGGUGGGCCAGGAAUGCCCUAAACGAUGACUUUGAGCUGCUCUGCACGGAUGGUACUCGUGCCGAGAUCCAGGACUACAAGCGCUGCAAUCUGGGCAAGGUUAAGGCCAAUGCUGUGGUCACCCGCGGCGGAGUCAACUACAACGAGACCCAGAUGAAUGCCUACAUCAAUCUGCUGACCUAUGCCCAACAACUGUACGGUCGCAAGGAAGUGGACGCCUUCAGUUUCAGCAUGUUCUCCUCGCCGAUCGGGCACUAUGAUCUGAUCUUCCAGGACGCCACGCGGCAGCUGCAAGUAAUUCCGCCCAAUAAGCGCAGGUAUGAUGCCUAUUUGGGCAGCGAUUUUAUGCGAGCACGCCGCAUCACCGACUGCUAUGCUGGUGCCUCCCAGUUGGCAUUAUCCGUGGGCCUGCUCCUCGUGGGUUCGCUGGUUGCAAUGCUCUAAGCCACUAGACUCACUUAGAUUUCAGAAUUCUACAAGCAUCUCUAGCACAAAGAGAAAACAUAUCAACAUUUUUACAUUCCAAAUAUGAUUAAGUUAAAUGUGAAAUCCCUUCCGUCCGAAAAUGAAACUCUAACUAGCCGAAAAAUAUCUGUUGAAGGCUAUAGUUUAUAAUUUAUAAAGUCCUGUGCCUUAUUAUAGUAUUUGUUUGUGUACAUACCAACUAAGACCGUCCAAAAAAUGUACCUAGGAGAUGUAAGCCGAAUCUUUUACAACCGCUUAUGUAAGUAUACAAAUAAAAUAACUAGAUAAAGG